AUGAAUCGUGAGUCCACACGUCUUGGCCAGGACGGUGGGAGUGAGACCAGAGCAAACCUCAUUUUGAGGUUAGAAAAGACAAAACUUGAGAUGGAGAGUCUCCGAGCGGCUGAACGUGAAAUCAAGAGGCAAAUUCAAGUCGAGGAUAUGGAGGAAGGAGAGUGCAGCUCACAGGAAGAAGAAAUUCUGCCCGAAUAUCCAUCUGAGCAGAAAUAUGUUGAAAGUACUUCCUUCCGGGAACUAUCUACGAUGCUCACGGAACAGAGCAAGAGUAUGGCCCAGGCUAUGUCAAGGCAGACGGGUCUAAAAGAUCUACCCAAGUUCUCGGGGGAUCCAGAUGAAUGGAGAAUUUUUCUGGCACAGUAUCGACGCUCCACCUCUAUCUGUGGAUAUGAUUCCACCGAAAAUGUGGCAAGACUUGAGAAAAGUCUCACCGGAGAAGCCAGAGAUGCAGUAAAAGCGCUUCUGACAUCACCAGCAAGCGCAGAUGAAAUCAUCCAGGUCUUAUCCAGACGAUUUGGGAACACUAGACAGAUGUUACUGCGGCUGAUCGACCAGGCCAAGAAUAUUGACGGACCAAAAGAUGACAACCCCUUGAGUGUUGCAAAAUUUGCCACAGCCGUGCACAACAUCGCUGUGUCCCUGGAGCAGCUCGAUGGGGGGCGAUACUUAACAUCAGUGAGUGUGGUAGAUGACCUUGAGAGAAAGCUCACGCCCAUAAUGCGAAUGCUGUGGUCUGAAGCGGUUUAUAAAAGGACGAAUUACACUGUGAAGGAGCUCUCCCUUUGGCUGCAGCAGAGGGCCGAGGCGGCUCUUUCCAUUGCCCCAAUAAACACCACUAAAUCUACUCGCUCAAAUACCAUCGCUCUUAAGGAACGCAAGAAGUCAAGUGUGCGUUCCGUCCUUUCUGUAGUCAGUCAGGGCGAAGAGAACACAAAGCGGGGAUGUGCAAAUUGUCAGGAGGAUCACUACACAACAGUGUGCCCAAAAUUGAGGGAGCUAACUCCCGAAGGAAGAUUCGUACGUGUAAGAGAGUUGAAGCUGUGCCUCAGUUGCCUCGGGAGAAAUCACAGAAUUGUCAAUUGCUUCAGACGACGUCCGUGUGGUAUUGAAGGAUGUAAAAGGCAACACCAUCGACUUCUUCAUCAGAAAGUGGAGAAACCAGAAGAAAAGAAAGUAGAAGCUUCUUUGACGAAUCUUGGCUGGAUUAUUAGCGGAUCAACGGGCGAAACUUGUAAAAGGAAACGUUCUGUUGAUGUAGUAGGUCAUGCGUGUCAAGAAUUGAUAGAGCUUAUCAAGCAGCACUACCAAUUUGAGGACAUUAAGAUGAAAACUGAGAAUUCCUUUUCUUUAAACAAAGAUGAAAAGAAAGCACUAGAGAUUCUGGAAUCAGUCACAAGACUAGUUGGGAAACGGUUCGAAACGGGUCUCCUCUGGAAAACCCCGAAGCCUGAAAUGCCAGAUUCCAGAUCUGCUGCUUGGCUAAGACUUCAGCAAGUAGAGGCAAAGAUGGAUAAAGACCCAAAAUUCAGAGAUCAAUACUCUGCAAAAAUCCAAGAUUAUUUGUCAAAGGGUUACCUGGUCCCACUGGAUGAACAUGAGAAGGGUAUGCCGAAAGAAAAUGUGUGGUAUCUGCCUCACUUUGGGGUGACAAACCCUAACAAACCAGGGAAGAUACGUCUAGUUUUAGAUGCAGCAGCAGAAGUGAACUCCAUAUCUUUAAAUAAUAGUCUUCUAAGUGGGCCAAAUCUGACUAUAUCAUUGACCGGGCUACUCAUGCGAUUUCGAAUUGGUCAACAUGGAUUCGUUGGAGAUAUAAAGGAGAUGUUUCAUCAAGUACGAAUCUUGCCAGAAGAUCAGAAUUAUCAAAGGAUACUGUGGCGAGGAAACUCUCGUGACACGUUUCCAGUUGAAUAUAAAAUGACUGUCAUGAUUUUUGGUGCAACGUGUAGCCCAGCAGUAGCCUCAUAUGUAAAAAACAAGAACGCAGAGGAAUAUGCUGAAGAAUUCCCAGAAGCCACCCGAGAGAUAGUAGAGAAUCACUAUGUAGAUGACUACUUAGGCAGUGCUGAUGACGAAACCUCCGCGAUAAAACUGAUUAAAGAUGUGGUUCACGUUCACAAGAUGGGAGGGUUUCAGAUAAGGAACUUCGUAAGUUCCUCACCCGUGAUUAUCAAUGGACUUCCACCCGAUCUACGGCUUCCGAAAUUGAGUGUAGAUUUAGAUUUCGAUAGUAAAUUUGAGAAAGUCCUCGGGGUAUGGUGGGAGCCUCUUACGGACGUUUUUUCAUUCCGUAAUCGAGAAAGUGUGGAUACAGAGAAUUUGCCUACCAAACGUCAAGCCUUGAAAACACUAAUGAAGCAACUUCCAGCUGAACUAUGUCAGCAAUGGAAAGCGUGGGUUGCACAAUUAAUCCAUUUAAGUGAUGUCGAAAUUCCAAGAUGCUAUGCUCCAUUGGAGUACAGGCAGGGCCGUGUAGAACUACAUAUCUUUACGGAUGCCAGUGAAGAUGCGUAUGCAGCUGUAGCCUAUUUUCGUUUCGUAAAUUGCAUUAAAAUUCAUGUUUCUCUAGUAACGGCAAAAGCAAAGGUUGCACCACUCAAAUCAGCAUCAAUCCCUCGUUUGGAACUUGAAGGUGCAGUACUCGGAUGUAGACUUAUGCAGGUGAUUCAAGAUGAAACCAAAAUUGAAAUCGACAGAAAGGUGUUUUGGACGGAUUCAGUUGUCGUGCUGAAUUGGAUUAGAGCGGAUUCUCGAAGCUAUAAGCCCUUUGUGGGAAACCGGGUCGGAGAGAUACAAGAGGUUACUAAUCCUGACGAGUGGAAAUGGGUACCAACUGACCUCAAUGUGGCAGAUAUUGCUACAAGGGAUACAGGAAAUACCGACUUCUCUCCAGAGUCAACAUGGUACAGUGGUCCUGAAUUUCUGUACAAAAGUGAGAGCGAAUGGCCACAACAAAGAGAGUCAUCAGAGUUUGUAGCUGCCACCAUCAAACAUAGUUGGGAACCCGUGAUUGAUAGCAAAAACUAUAUGCGUUGGAGUCACAUACAUAGAGUGAUGACAUACGUGUAUCGAUUCCAGCGAGCUUGUAGGGAGAAAUGGAGAACAAACGGUCAUUCCCAACUGGGAAGCUCAGUCAUCUUGAGUGCCACAGAUUGGGAAGGAGGGCUUAGGUAUUUACUGCUCCAUUCGCAGAGAGAAAGUUUUGGAAUGAGCAUGAGCUCUGAGUCAAGGACAGGCGAACUUCAACUUCUAAACGUUCCUAGAGGAAGUCCAUUGUACAAGUUCAAUCCUGCCAUAGACUCGUGUGGUAUAAUGAGAGCAUCAGGCCGUUUGAAUAACAUGCCCCUGGUGAGGGAGGAUUUUAAAAACCCAAUCCUGCUUCACGCGGAUAAUCGUAUUGUUCAGCUGCUGCUUGAAGAUUUUCAUGUUCGUCUGGGGCACUGGAGAGCGGACUUUGUACUUGCUGAGCUCCGUCAGCGAUAUGAAAUCAUCAAGGGACGUGCUACUCUUAAACGUCUACAGAGAGGAUGCAAGACAUGCCAAGUAUCGAAAGCCAAACCGCAGAUUCCCCUUAUGGGGCAACUGCCUUCCGAACGUUUGAGUAUGCAUGUCGUUCCGUUUACUAACACAGGAUGCGAUAUGUUUGGACCGUUAUACGUCAAGAGUGGAAGAAGCGAGGUUAAAAGAUACGGUAUGAUCUUCACGUGCAUGACGACACGCGCCAUUCAUUUGGAGUUAUGUUGUUCCCUUAGCACGGAUUCCUGUUUGUUGGCUCUCAGAAGAUUUUUCGGACGAAGAGCAAAUCCUGCAAAGAUCAUAUCGGACAACGGAACUAACUUUCGAGGUGCAGCUAGAGAAUUGAAGGAAGCAGCAGCAUCUUUGGAUCACGCCAAGGUCAAAGCAAAACUCGCUAAGAUGAAUAUUGAAUGGGACUUCAACCCACCCUACUCGCCUCACAUGGGCGGCUGCUGGGAAAGAUUAAUAGGACCUGUGAAGCGGGCAUUGAAGCAAUCUGUUGAGAUUACUAAACAUCCACCAACUGAAGAGGUCUUGCACACUCUUCUUGUCGAAGCAGAACACCUAGUCAACAGUCGUCCACUUCUUGAGUUGACGGAUUCUGGUGAAGUAAUGACUCCAAACCAUUUCCUCAUACAUCGGCAAUCUGGACUCACUCCUGGGAGGAUCUUUGAAGAUCAGGAUUUAAUCCUCCGCAAAGAAUGGAGAAAGUCUCAGCGCCUCGCCGAUCACUUUUGGCAAAUAUGGCGAAAACAUUAUGCUCCAACCUUGACUCACAGACCUAAGUGGAGAGAAUCUGGUCAACCAAUUAUUGAAGGAGAUAGAGUGGUCGUCAUGGAACCCAAUACAAAACGCAAUCAAUGGAUAUUUGGACGAGUCAUUAAAGCGAUCCCAGCGAUGGACGGACAUGCUCGAACCGCAACGAUUCGACUAGAAGACGGAAGUGAGUGUGUACGUCCGGUGACUCGCCUUGCUGUGAUUAGGCCACCUCCAGUCGUUAUGGAUGAUGACGGAAUUGGGGAAUAG